AUGAUAACUCCACUUUACACAAAAUACUGCGGCUACAUCUACAUAAUUGAUGGAAAUUACUGGUAUUAUGAUUAUAGCAAGCCUUACACGUACAUCUACUGGUAUCUCAACAUCGCCCUUCAGGCGAUAUGUGUCACAAUUGUUGUAUCAAGUGAUUCGUUGAUUGUUUGGAAAAUUAUUAGCUUACGCUCCCCUCGCCGACCCAAUACAACUCACGUCCUGCCAAAGUCAUCAUCUAAGGAUGUGAUAACGCCAGUUUUGGGGAGCUGUGAAUUUCCUCCUUGCUACCGUCUGAGAAGACGUGAUCGGAAAUUGAGCAAGGAGAUAGCUGCAAUGUUUAAGAGUGACGUUAGUUUCUGCUGUUCAUGUCUUGAGAAUAAUUUCUCGCCGUUCAAAGUUAUCACUGUUAGCGAUGAUGAAGAAGCAAUGGAUGGGCUUUAUGGCAAAAUUGGAUGGGAGUUGUAUAGGGUGAAACAAAGGGACACUCGCAAUCGAUUAGGUGUUGUGUGUUUCCGGUUUUUCCUCAAAAGACUCGGAGGUUUCCCAAGAUUAGAUUUUAAGUACUCUAGCAAUUUAAAGGGAAUUGUUGACGUUUACCGUUGA